GAACUGCGCGCGGAUGCUGGAAGUUCACAUCCCGUCCGUGGGGCCCGAGACCGAGGGGCCCCGGCAGAACCCCGAGAAAGGCCACAUGGUGUUCCGAGUGGAGGUGCUGUGCCGCGGGCGCAGACACACCGUGCAGAGGCGCUACAGCGAGUUCCACGCGCUACACAAGCGGGUGAGGCGGCGCCCACCACCCACCCUCCCACUGACCGACCGCAGACCGGCUCCUGCCCUGUCCCUGGGCGGCGGGCAGAAGAGCCGGCGGGCCCCAGCCUCUACCGCCCCCGCUUAAGGCCCCAGGCCCU